UUACACAUGUUGUACCCCACACAUCAUACACAUAGAUUUACUCAUAAGAUAUAUAUAUAUAUGCAUGGUAAUAUAAGGUGAUCCAUACCAAUAAGCAAAAAAGAUGACGGAUAUGCAGGAUACGCUGUUGCUAAAUUCAGAGGGAAUCAAGAAAACCAUCCUGCAUGGAGGCACCGGAGACAUCCCAAAACUCACUACUGGGGCAAAGGUGACAUUCCACUUCCGCACCCAGUUGUGUGAUGAUGAACGUACAGUGAUAGAUGACAGCAAAGUGGUGGGCACGCCCAUGGAGAUAGUGAUCGGCAACAUGUUCAAACUGGACAUCUGGGAGACCCUGCUGUCCUCCAUGAGGAUCGGUGAGGUGGCUGAAUUCUGGUGUGACACCAUUCACACUGGUGUUUACCCACUUGUGUCCAAAAGUAUGAGGCGCAUUGCAGAGGGCAAAGACCCAGUCGACUGGCACAUCCAUACAUGUGGUAUGGCCAACAUGUUCGCCUACCACAGCCUUGGCUACGACGACCUGGAUGAGCUGAUGAAGGAACCAAAGCCCCUCUACUUUGUCCUGGAGCUGCUCAGGGUGCAGCAGCCCAGUGAGUAUGACAGGGAGUCGUGGGCUCUGAGUGAUACGGAGAGGCUGAAGGCGGUCCCUGUGCUGCACGGCCAGGGGAACAAGCUCUACAAACAAGGACAGUACCAAGAGGCCACACAAAAGUACAAGGAGGCCAUCAUCUGCAUCAAGAAUGUUCAGAUGAAGGAGAAAGCAUGGGAGGCCCCGUGGCUGAAGCUGGAGAAGAUGGCCAACACCUUAACGCUCAACUACUGUCAGUGUCUGCUGCGCAUGGAAGAGUACUACGAGGCCAUUGAGCACACCAGCGACAUUAUCAACCAGCAUCCAGGUGUAGUGAAGGCUUUCUACCUGCGAGGUAAGGCCCACAUGGAAGUGUGGAACGAGGCGGAGGCCCGGCAGGACUUCAGCAGGGUGCUGGACCUGGACCCUGGCAUGAAGAAGGCCGUCAAGAAGGAGCUGGCUGUGCUUAACAUGCGCAUGGAAGAGAAGAACCAGGAGGACAAGGACAAGUACAAGGGCAUGUUUUGACCAGGAGAGACUGCAGCAGAGGUUGAAGUGAUGGGCUAAAGAUGAGUAAAGUUGUUAAAUCACAAAUCUCCACACUUGCUUUUAACUUUAACUCCCUGCAUUGUCAAGGGCUGUGAGACACUCCAGAGAGCCUGAAAGACAGUGUCCAAUAAAAUUGUAUAAACCCCUCCCUUUCGACCUGUCUUUCUUUUUCCUACAAACCAUGAUUGAGACAAUCGACUGUAUAUAAGUUAAAUUAAGGACUUGUUCAAUGGGCUGUUUGUAUUGCAUUUAUAUUUCAUUCCUAUGUUUAGCAAGGCCUAAAGAUGUGCCUACGUGCUAAGAUUAUGGAUGCAUUAAGUGAUUUAAGUGAGAAUAAUGAUUACAGUUUGUUUAAAGGAAUAGUACGCUUAUUUGCUUUCUUGCCUAGAGUUAGAUGAGAGGAUCGAUACCACACUUGCAUCUGUAUAAAUAUGUAGUUGGAGCUAGCAGCCGCUUAACUUAGCUUAGCAUAAAGACUGGAAACAGGGGGAAACCAUAGGGAAAACAGCUAGCCUGGCUCUUUUCAACAAAAUCCACUGAACAAUACCAUUAAAAUAUGUUAAUCAGUGAGCUUUAGAGGUUCUGGUGGAUUUCUUUUAACUUUUGCACAGAGCUCUUUCCCCUUGUUUCCAAUCUUUAUGCUAAGCUAAGCUUGUCGGCUGCUGGCUGUAGUUCUAUACAGUAUUUACUAUACAGACAUGAGAGUGGUAUCAGUCUUCUUGUCUAACUCUCUUAAAGAAAGCGAAUAAGCGUAUUUCCCAAAAUGUCAAACUAUUCCUUUGCUAGUGUUCUGAUUUGUAAUAUUGUUUUAAAAUAUUUCCUCGACAUGUACAGAAAAAAUCUUCCAUCCCUGACUGACUGCAACUAAUGAAUUGUUGGAGCGGCUCAGUUGGAUUUCUGUGUUUAAAUUUGUCCCACCAGAUGUUAUGUGAGCCAAUGACAACACCAUCAUUGUAGUUUUUUCAAAACUCAUAUGUCACACUUUGCCACUGUUCACCCUAAGCAAUGUAAAAGAACUGAAGUAGUGGCUAUAUGCUGUUUCUAAAGCUUUAUUUAUAGUUACUAGUUCUAUAAAAUAAGAAUAAAACCAACUUUUAUUUAUAACAAAGGCUCUAAGUCUUGUAAGCACAUUGCUCUUCCACAGGGUGGGGCUCUGACAACAAUUAUUCUUCUGCUUCCACCUGAUCCCUGUUGGAGAAAUUAUCCUGAGCCUAAGCAGUAUCCUCAUUUGGAGCCUAGGGGCUCGUAAAAAUAAAUGAUCUGGGUUGUAUCUAC